AUGUGUCUCACAGUCUUCUGGGUCCACGAGUGUGUCUUCUGUGGCACCUUCAAGGAUAAUACCAAUCGCUACAACCCCGAGGUUACAGAUGCAUGCCCAGACUUUGAGGAGAAACUCCAGUGGCGCUUCUGGGUCUGCCCCCGUUGUGAGGAGCAGAAAGCUACUGACGAGCGCAAGUUUCUGCCUGGAGGCCAGCGCCGACAACAGCAGGGUAUCCAGAAUGGGCCUCAGUUCCAGAAUGCUCCGCAGUUUCAGAAUGUCCAGCAGUUGCAGAACGGCAUUGGCGGUCAUCACAACGUUCAGCAGUACCCUCCUCAGCAGGGUGGCCAUGAGCAACCUCCCCCGUAUUUUCAGAUGGGCAAUCGUCCCCGUCACCAGAACGAGCCCCGCCCCCAAGGCCGUCACGAGAGCCAUGGUCACCACCACCACUACUAG